AUGUGCUCCCGCCAGGACAAGGACCAGUGCCACCGGCAGCAGCGCCAGAGCAGCGGUGGCUGCCACAGCUCAGGGGGUGGCGGCUGCCACAGCUCUGGGGGCAGCUCCGGGGGCUGUCACAGCUCUGGGGGCAGCUCUGGGGGCUGUCACAGCUCUGGGGGUGGUGGCUGUCACAGCUCUGGUGGCUCCGGGGGCUGUCACAGCUCUGGGGGUGGCGGCUGUCACAGCUCUGGUGGCUCCAGCUGCCACGGGAAGCAGCAGCAGCAGCAGGUGCCACAGGUGCCACAGGUGCCACAGGUGCCACAGCAGAAGAUGAAGUGA